GAAAGCCGCACACUUGUGCUGGAAAAUGAGCACUUCUGAUGUGCCUUCAGUGUAUAAAUUACGGCCAUCCUCCUUGGUUUAAUUGAUAGCCUUUCCCAUACACUCACUCUCUUGACUACUUUGUCUAUACUGGCACUUUCUGCCAUCUCCAAGAAGUCCCUGUCACUCUUUCUACGCAUCCUAUUGCACCUCAGUCCUUCUCACUGCGACUGGCAGUUCGUCACUCUUUACUAUUAUAUCAUUCAAGAACCAAGAAUUCCAUACUACUCAUUACCCCCUUUUGGCACCCCAGUAACUCUACUUGCUACAUUCAUUCUUGCCAUUACAUCAACCAACAUGCCUUCCUGUUCCCAGCCAGAGACGAAAUUUGACAAUACCAGCGUCAGGGCCUAUAAUGGAAGCCAAACAUCUGACCAUACUGAUGCUAUGCUGAAGCGAGAAAAAGACCAACCCAAACCUCAAACAUCCCUCCCACAGACCUCCGCAGAGAAGCAGCAGGACUUUGCUGGGAUUGGCUUUGGUGCUGAAUCGACCUGGUUCAAGCGUUAGUUAAUCCACAUCUCGACACGAAAACUGUAUGGAUGCAGGUAUGGGUAUAAUGGUUUUUAUGUUAUGGAAGCGUUUUGGACAUGCGGAGUCUCUCGGAUGACAUUCGCGAUGGUCUUGUAUUUUACACAUGAGGGAUAGGAUAAUGUUAAUAUUAAUAAAAAAAACCUUUUAUGUAGAGGUAGCAGUAACAGCUCAUAUUCUUGUCCC